UCCAGCAUACCAAUACCACAUGGGAAACACUCCACUAUCCACCACAGAGGCAGAGAAAGACCUGGGAGUGUAUGUUACCAGGCUACCAGUGAAGGGAUAUCCAGCACACCAAUACCACAUGGGAAACACUCCACUAUCCACCACAGAGGCAGAGAAAGACCUGGGACUAUAUGUUACCAGGCUACCAGUGAAGGGAUAUCCAGCACACCAAUACCACAUGGGAAACACUCCACUAUCCACCACAGAGGCAGAGAAAGACCUGGGAGUGUAUGCUACCAGUGAAGGGAUAUCCAGCACACCAAUACCACAUGGAAACACUCCACUAUCCACCACAGAGGCAGAGAAAGACCUGGGAGUGUAUGUUACCAGGCUACCAGUGAAGGGAUAUCCAGCACACCAAUACCACAUGGGAAACACUCCACUAUCCACCACAGAGGCAGAGAAAGACCGGGGAGUGUAUGUUACCAGGCUACCAGUGAAGGGAUAUCCAGCACACCAAUACCACAUGGGAAACACUCCACUAUCCACCACAGAGGCAGAGAAAGACCUGGGAGUGUAUGUUACCAGACUACCAGUGAAGGGAUAUCCAGCACACCAAUACCACAUGGGAAACACUCCACUAUCCACCACAGAGGCAGAGAAAGACCUGGGAGUGUAUGUUACCAGGCUACCAGUGAAGGGAUAUCCAGCACACCAAUACCACAUGGGAAACACUCCACUAUCCACCACAGAGGCAGAGAAAGACCUGGGAGUGUAUGUUACCAGGGAACCAGUGAAGGGAUAUCCAGCACACCAAUACCACAUGGGAAACACUCCACUAUCCACCACAGAGGCAGAGAAAGACCUGGGAGUGUAUGUUACCAGGCUACCAGUGAAGGGAUAUCCAGCACACCAAUACCACAUGGGAAACACUCCACUAUCCACCACAGAGGCAGAGAAAGACCUGGGAGUGUAUGUUACCAGGCUACCAGUGAAGGCCAAAUCUAUGCCAAUCGCAGCGGACGGGUUAACAAUGGACCUAGGGCCAUUGCGACUUAAAUGA